AUGCGUUCCCUUCUGGUCGUGGCCGGCAUAGCCGGUUGUAGCUCUCUUGCUGCAACCGAUGCACGACAUCGGUUCCUCAGUGAAACACUUGAAGAGCCCGAAGAUGUGAUGCUAAAGACAGCAGAUCUUCACGCCAAUCUUUUGCGAGAGCCUCCCAUGACAAUCAAGUUGGACAACAGAUACAAGUUUACCGGUCUUGGGGAGCUGGUAUCCCAGUUGAUUGAUCACCACACCACCUUGGGAAGCGUCGGUUCCUCUGGAACGAUGGCCCGGCAAAAAUUGCUUAACUACCAUAACAGCCAGUAUUUUGGCGAGAUCAAGAUCGGAACCCCCGGGAGGCGUUUUGUUGUAGUAAGCGAUGAGAUCAUGCUUCCCCACGCCUCAAAAAUGGAAUCACACUUGAAUCCAACUUCAGGGGAGGAUGCGCACCGCACGAGAAGUUCGACCCAAAGUACUCCAGCACGUUUUCACCAAUACGGUCACUCACUGGAGAUCCAGCAGUCGCCUUCAUUCAAUAAAGUGCCCAACCAGGCAAUCGGCCUUGCGGUCGAAGAAUCCACCCAUCCCUUCGCGGACUUGCCGUUCGACGGGCUAGUCGGUCUGGGUUUCCCCGAUGUGUCGGGCGAAGAGGGGCUUCCGUCAAGCGCACUUCCAAUCGUCGACCAAAUGGUCAAGGAGAAAGUUCUCGAUCGUAACGUGUUUUCCGUCUACAUGAGCGAAGACAUCAAUCGGGAGAUUGGUCUCCAUGGACUAAAGAUCAAUGGAAAAUCCUUUGGCGUCUGUGAGAAGCGCGGCUGUCGCGCAGCCGUUGACACAGGAUCCAGUUUGGCUCACAUUUGUUUUGAAAGAUAUAUACGGAAGGCUCGUCAACUUCAGCCUGGAACCAAGGGACUACGUAGUGGAGGAGCUGGAUGCAGAGGCAACCCCAACAACUGCGCGGCCGGCUUCAUGGCAAUGGACGUACCAGCGCCCCGUGGGCCCUUGUUCGUGCUCGGAAACUCCUUCAUCCGGAAAUACUACAGUAUAUUUGACCGCGAUCACAUGGUAUGGCAAAACCCAAACAUGAUAUAG